UCAUUCAAAACGUCAGUCUUGCAACCCGUCGGUGUUUCGAUUUUCCGAUCGACAGUCUUGAUAAUUUAUUUCAAAAACAAUUAUCAAUUUAUCUUCUUUAUAUUAAAGAAAAUAGUUACAACUGGUUCAGGAAAAUGCGGAUCUUAGUGAAAAUUGCCAUUCUUAUGGCUAUUUCGCUAUGUAUGUUUAACUAUGUGGAGAGUCAAGCCAAAGGAAAAACGUCACAGUCAUUGUCGGAAAAGGUCCAACAACUUACGGAUAUGAAUGUCAAGCGCCCGGUAAUGCGUUUCAAUGGUAAUCGAUUUAAGGACUUUGUAAAAUCGGCUCCCCGAAAUUACUCGGUGGUAGUCAUGUUUACGGCGAUGGCCCCGGCACGGCAGUGCGUUAUCUGUAGACACGCCCAUGACGAGUACCAAAUAGUGGCCAAUUCGUACCGACAUUCUCCAGUGUACUCGAACAAGCUGUUCUUUGCCAUGGUCGAUUUCGACGAGGGCUCGGACGUGUUCCAAAUGCUUCGCCUGAACACGGCUCCCGUAUUUAUUCACUUCCCGGCUAAGGGCAAACCGAAACCGGCUGACACUAUGGACAUCCAAAGGGUUGGUGUUUCGGCCGAAGUGAUCGGUAAAUGGAUCCAGGAACGUACCGACAUCCAGAUCCGCAUCUUCCGUCCACCGAACUACUCAACUACCGUGGCCGUUCUAAUGCUGACGGCCUUUGUUGGUGGUUUCUUGUAUCUGCGUCGGAACAAUCUAGACUUCUUGUAUAACAAACAGAUGUGGGGAUUCCUUGCAGUUAUCUUCUGUUUUGCAAUGGUUUCCGGUCAAAUGUGGAAUCACAUCCGCAGUCCGCCUUUCGUGCACAAAGGUCAUAACGGAGGCAUUGCCUACAUUCAUGGAUCCUCGCAGGGACAGCUUGUGAUCGAAACCUACAUUGUUAUGUUCUUAAAUGCCAUGAUCGUUACCGGUAUGAUUUUGUUGACUGAAUCUGGAUGGCAAACCGAUGCACGAAAGGGAAAGAUUAGUGCAGUCGUAGGAUUGGUUCUGGUGAUAGUGUUUUUCUCACUUAUUCUAUCGAUUUUCCGCUCCAAGGCUCAGGGAUACCCCUACAGUUUCCUAUUCAAAUAAUUUAUUUGACUUAAAACACUAUGUAGGAUUAUACUGAGGGCCUUUUCUGGAUUGGCAGGAUGAAAAAUAAUUAAAAGAUUGCGAGUUCUGUGAAGCACAAAAUGCUCUGUAGUUUUCUAUGCGGCAAGUGAAUAAAUACUGUGUGCAAAAAUUGUGAAUGUUCCAAUAAACAACGUCACAAUAAAAACUGAAAUCCAGCAAUCGGAACUAGUACUGUUGGUAAAUAUUCAACUGACUUGGUAGUGAUAAUUCGGUAGUGCAAAAAGUACCCCUCCUUCAUAUUAAUACCUAAUAACAACAGAAUCUGUUCCGUCGAUAAGCAACUGCAAAUUGUAGCUGGCUUUAACAAUUGUGUUGAAUUUGAGUAAAUUCACAUUUUUCGUUUUCCCAAAUAAAACUAAAAAUAAACUGAAAACUGACUACAUA